GUUUGACCUCGGAGAUGCCGAAGAGACGAGACAUUCUGGCCAUCGUGUUGAUCGUGUUGCCUUGGACGCUACUCAUCACUGUUUGGCAUCAGAGUGCCAUCAACCCCUUGCUAGCUGCUCAAAAGGGUAAAAUUCGUUCCUCCAUUUCCCUAGGGGGGUUUCAUGGUUAGUCUCUCUAGUAAAGGAAAACAAUUGUUUUGCUUAUAUCUAUGCUUAUUUUGGGAUGCUCCUCUUAAUAUAGUACACUUUAGAGACAUGAUUAAAAAGAACGAAGUCUACACAUGUCCCUGAUUUUACAGCAGAUUCUUUGGGCAUUUUUCCCCACUUAACAUUUAAUGAGAAUAUGCUUCAUUCUCUUUUGCAAGACUUUUAAGACAAUGGGCAAAUGUUUUUGUUCAUAAUGAGCUGAAAAUCUCACCAGUGUCUGAAGGAAAAUGUUAUUGUCAUUUUGUGAGACCGUGGCAUGAGGUCGCGAUCAAUUUGAGCUCUAUCAGAAGAAAAUAUAUGGUCCACAUAAUUGAAUUACACUAUAUAUACAAAAGUAUGUGGACACCCCUUUAAAUUAGUGGAUUCGGCUAUUUCAGCCACACAUGUUGCUGACAGGUGUAUAAAAUCGAGCACACAGCCAUGCAAUCUCCAUAGACAAACAUUGGCUUGCUAUAGCUGCCCCGGUCAAUUGUAAGCGCUGUUAUUGUGAAGUGGAAACGGCUAGGAGCAACAAUGGCUCAGCCGCGAAGUGGUAGGCCACACAAGCUCAAAGAAUGGGAGCGCAUCAAAAUCUGUCCUUCUAGACAAUUCUGUCCUUCCAACUUUGUGGCAACAGUUUGGGGAAGACCCUUUCCUGUUUCAGCAUGACAAUGCCCCAAUGCACAAAGCGAGGUCCAUACAGAAAUGUUUUGUCGAGAUCGGUAUGGAAGAACUUGACUGGCCUGCACAGAGCCCUGACCUCAACCUCAUCGAACACCUUUGGGAUGAAUUGGAACGCCGACUGCGAGGCAGGCCUAAUCGCCCAACAUCAGUGCCCGACCUCACUAAUGCACUUGUGGCUGAAUGGAAGCAAAUCCCCGCAGCAAAUGUUCCUAUAUCUAGUGGAAAGCCUUCCCAGAAGAGUGGAGGCUGUUAUAGCAGCAAAGGGGGGACCAACUCCAUAUUAAUGCCCAUGAUUUUGGAAUGAUAUAUUCGACAAGCAGGUGUCCACAUACUUUUGGUCAUGUAGUGUAUUUCUCUAUUUCUCUAUUCACACCUUAAACUGACUCAUAUUAGUCUGACAACUAAUUAAUUCCUUUAUAAAUGAGUGAUGAGUAUACGAGGAGAUUACAUGUCACAAGUAGAUUACAUGUCUAGCAAAAGAGUAUGGAGUUAGAUUUCAGAAUGAUACGUUCGUUCAAACCAUAACAGAUGGCUAAGAAGUGUCCAACUGUACAACUAUGUUCAACUAUUUGCGCGACUAGAUGUUGCCCCUCUCUCCACGAAGGCCAUCUUUAUGGAAACGUACAGAUCCUAAACAGUCUAUAAUCGUUUAUUAUACCAACAACACCAGCUUUCUUUCCCUUCUCCUAGAUGACAGACAUGAGAGUCGGCGAGACUCCCGGAACACCUUCACCCUCAAGAAGCACUGCUCCUCUGAGAACAACAAGGACAUUGUGGAGGUGGUGCGCACCGAAUACGUCUACAGCCGCCAGCCGCCCUGGUCUGAUGUCCUCCCCACCCUCCACGUCGUCACCCCAACCUACAGCCGGCCGGUCCAGAAGGCGGAGCUGACCCGUCUGGCCAACACCUUCCUCCACGUGCCUAACCUGCACUGGAUCCUGGUGGAGGACUCUCAGCGACGAACCCCGCUUGUCACCAGGCUUCUCCGGGAAACAAGCCUGAACUACACUCACCUCAACGUGGAGACACCCAGGACCUAUAAGCUGCGUGGGGACACAAUGGACCCCAGGAUACCCCGGGGAACCAUGCAGAGGAACCUGGCCCUGCGCUGGCUCCGGGAGACCUUCAGCUCCAACAAUAGACACAGCCAGCCAGGUAUCGUCUACUUUGCAGAUGAUGACAACACCUACAGUCUGGAGCUGUUUGAGGAGGUGAGUGGAACAGGGAGAGAUGUUGUGCAGUACAGAGUUGUUUCCUCUUGAGUUACCAAAAUAGGCAAAAUGUGUGGCUUCAGUGCGCACUAACUGUAUAAUGACAUAAAGAACAUGAAUCCUUACAGUAUGCCAGUAGGUAAAUGCACAGCCUAAAAACAUAGGCAUCACUUGACACCUGCCUAUUUGUGCAUGAUAAAAUAGCUAUUUCCUCAAAUAAAUUCAUAGAAUAUACUGGAAAAUCAAUACUUAUUGAUCACAUAGUAAUCCUUCUCCAACCAAUGGUUCAACCAUAUAAUUACAUAUAGAACACAAUUCUCUAUGGGCUCAACCCUCUCUCUCCUUCUUGUGUAGAUGCGUUCAACUAGGAAGGUGUCGGUGUGGCCUGUAGCCUUUGUGGGCGGCCUGCGCUACGAGUCCCCUAAGGUCAACACCGUGGGCAAGGUGUAUGGAUGGAAGACUGUGUUUGACCCCCACCGACCCUUUGCCAUAGACAUGGCUGGGUUUGCGGUGAACCUCCGCCUCAUUCUCUUUAAGCCUCAGGCCUACUUCAAGCUGUGGGGAGUCAAGGGAGGAUACCAGGAGAGCAGCUUACUGCGGGAGCUGGUCACCCUCAAUGACCUGGAGCCCAAGGCUGCUAAUUGCACUAAGGUGAGGAUCUGAUAGUUGUUCUGUGUGGCUCAGUUGAUAGAGCAUGGUGCUUGCAACACUAUGGUUAUGGGUUUGAUUCCACCCAUAAGAAAACAUAUGCACUCACUACUGUAAGUUGCUCUGGAUAAAAGCGUCUGCUAAAUGGCAUAUACUAUUAUUAUAUUAAAGAGGUGUGUUGUGACUGUUGACCAGUACAAGACAAGUAGACAAUUAUAUCGGUUACAGCUGAUAUUAUACUGACGUUGUAAUCUUGUUGUAGUGACUUAAUUUCAACUAGUUUGGUGCGCUGAGAAUGUGGUCGUAACAAAUAAUGACAUGUGUAGUGGUAUGCACUGAACAGGAAGUCGCUGAUGCAAACUUUUAGUUGUUAUUUUCUACUGUAAAUGGAGGAGAAUAAUGCUCUUACUGUAUGGAUUUCAAUAGGCUUUCAGUCGCUAAGGCCUUUAUUCCUCAACAUUUUCCACAUUUUGCCUCGUGAAAUGUACUUCCGAUCAAAUGCUUUAGAAAAUGCAUGUUGUUUCAUAAACCCAUGUGUUUUAGCCCCCUUGCAUCUCACCUGUAUUCACGCACGCACUCACACACACACACAGUUCCGCACCUUAUGUCCCUUCAGCAAAUGUUGACCAUGUUUGAAUAUAAGGGUGAAACUAGCAAGUGAAUCAUUCUUCCGCUCUCUACAACAAUACACACACAUCUUCAAAGACAAGAUAAAAAAAGUUGUUCAAAGAUUUGUGCAAUCUUUGAAGUGGUAAAGCAAUGCUUCAGCUGUACCUUUUCCAACCUUUUCACUUGAACCUCCCCCCAGGUACUUGUAUGGCACACUAGGACAGAGAAGCCUGUUCUGGUGAAUGAGGGAAAGAAAGGAUUUACCGACUCCAACGUGGAGAUA